AUGUCUACUGAAUAUGAAGAUGAGGACUAUUUCCUGCCGUUGGAGGAUCAGCGUAUGUUCGGUGCUGGUAUUCGGCGCAAACGGGUACCCUUCGUACGCUCCGGCGAGUUGAAUACAACAUCUACGACCAAGCCUGGAACUAGCAUUGCAGAUGCAUAUCUAUCGAUUGUCUUGAAACGGAACAAAUUGAGUACCUCUCCUUCUACACCUACCAAUUUAACCUCCAACGAGACUCCUGUACCUCCACCACGAACAACACACUCCGCCCCGCCUGGCGAAACGCUAUCUCCUCUACUUUCUCAUGCUCCCACGCCUCGAGCUGAAACUCGACUCGAAUACCAGAAUGAAAAUCAGGAUAAAGCCCAAGAUCCAGCUUCAGCAGAAUUCUGCGAAGUAUGCAACCUCCCGCUAUCAACAGACCCAAUCUCAGACCUAGACGAAACCACAAAAGAUCAAGCAUCAGAAACAAAACCACGUCCCCACGAAGCAUCCUUAGCCCACCAACUCUGCCUGAAACAUUCUCAUCCACCCUCGCACCUGAGACCGUACCCGUACCGACUCGGACUCGGGGCCUCAGGUCGCGAGGGAAUCCGCGAGCCGCUGAAAGGACGGAUCAAGAAUGAUACGGCAGGACUUGGGGCGGGUCUUGAUAAGGAUGGGGAUCCGAUUCGUAUUCCGAAGGUGGAACCGAAGAAGGUUGUUAAGUUGAAUGCGAAGGAGGUGAGGAGGAGGGAACUAGAGGCCAAGAGGAAAGGGGAGAAGAUGAGGAAUUUGUUUUUCCAGAGUGAUGAGGUUUUGAAAUAUCUUGGUGAGGGGAUUUGA